CGAGAACAAAGUGUAAAUAAAUAAAAAUGUAUAUAUGCAAAUUAUAUUUGUCUAAAUACAUAUACUUUUUUUUUGUUUAUAUUUUAUCAAAGAGAGUGUAUUACACUAUGAAUGAAUGAGUGAACCAACUUAUGAUAGUUGAUCAAUCAUGCAAUCAAAUUGAUUAUUAAAAAAGUGCUUUCUCGGUUUCUCUGAAAGAAGAGUCUUUGUCCAUUUCUGCAUAUAGAAUCACUGCCAAAAAUCGAUUCAAAAUUGAACAACAAAAACACAAAAGAAAGAAGCUUCUCUACUACACAAGUUAUUCCAUUACUCCCUUAACAAAAUGAAUCUUCUAGUUUUGUUCUUCAUUCCCAUUACCAUUUCUCUUUUCUCAACAAUUCUUCAUGCAAAUGCUCAAGCUGAAUCUCCAGGAAAUCAGGUGGUUAAAAUAGUGCACCACCAGAAUUUGAAUAAGCCGAUUCUUGUAGCACUAAUUGCUUGUUCUGCUCUUCUUGCUGGAAUCUUCAUGUUCUUAAUUUAUAUCUUUUUCCGUCGACAUAAAAACUUAACAACCUCCACAAGUAAAAGUCAUGGAACAAUAGAGGCUGCAAAAGGGGAAAAGGAAACAUUAAGCUCUGUUAAUGCUAAACUUAACUACUCAAGAAUGGCUGAUAAGAAGAGUGCAAUUGCUAUUUUCGACUUUCAGUUGUUAGAGGCAGCAACAAACAACUUUUCCACAAAUAAUAUUAUGGGAGAGAGUGGUUCUAGAAUUGUUUACAGAGCUCGUUUCGAUGAACAUUUUCAGGCUGCUGUGAAAAAAGCUGACAGUGAUGCUGAUAGAGAAUUUGAGAAUGAAGUGAGUAUGUUGAGCAAGAUAAGGCAUCAGAAUAUCAUAAAACUCCUAGGCUAUUGUAUUCAUGGCGAAUCGAGGUUUCUUGUUUAUGAAUUCAUGGAGUGUGGUUCUUUGGAAACUCAAUUGCAUGGGCCUACUCAUGGAUCAUCUUUAACUUGGUAUAUCCGGUUAAGAAUUGCAAUUGAUGUUGCUAGAGCAUUAGAAUAUCUCCACGAGCACUCUAAUCCUCCUGUGGUUCAUAGAGACUUAAAAUCUUCCAAUGUUCUUCUGGAUUCUGACUUUAAUGUCAAGCUAUCAAAUUUUGGACUUGCUGUAGCUUCUGGCGUGCAACACAAGAACAUGAAGAUGUCAGGAACUUUGGGAUAUGUGGCACCUGAGUACAUAUCACAUGGUAAACUAACUGAUAAGAGCGAUGUGUAUGCUUUUGGGGUUGUCCUUUUAGAACUUCUCACCGGAAGAAAACCUAUGGAGAACAUGUCCUCAGACCAAUAUCAAUCUCUGGUUUCAUGGGCCAUGCCUCAGCUAACUGAUAGAUCAAAGCUUCCAAGUAUUCUAGAUCCUGUUAUCCAAAACACAAUGGAUUUGAAGCAUUUAUAUCAGGUUGCUGCAGUGGCUGUGUUAUGUGUGCAAGCAGAACCAAGUUAUAGGCCACUUAUAACAGAUGUUCUGCACUCUCUCAUUCCUUUGGUACCCUUAGAACUUGGAAGAUCACUCAGAGUUACAGAACCAAUCAGCUCAGAGAAUUUACAAUGAUUUUAGAAAACGGUGUUUUCUACUCUAGUAUAUUAUUUGAGCACAUUUCUUAACCAUUUUUUAUUUCACAGAGGAAUAUCCAAUUGUAGCCAUCCUUAUGUUCCUUUUAUAUUAUAUGUAAUGUAACUAAGCAUGAAUUAAUUCAAUUUUUGUUGUUGUUGUUGUAGUU